AUGGCGAUGGAUGAACAGCGGUGGGCGACCGCCACCACCACCUCCGUGACGGUGCUUGCCUUUCUGUGUGUUGUGCUGCGGAUCGUUUCUCGACUGGAACGUAAGCAGAAACUCUGGUGGGAUGACUGGAUGAUCAUCUUUUCCAUGGGGUGGAAUUUCGUCGUGGUCGGCUUCAUCUAUGCCAUGAUCCACGAAGGCAUGGGCAUCCACGCCGACCAAUUGCCGACUGGACAAGUCAUCCUGAUCGCCAAGUUCCUGGUCGUGGCCGAGAUCCUCUACGUCUUCAACCUGGUCUGGACCAAGCUCAGCAUUCUGCUGAUGUACUACCGCAUCUUCCGCUUUGCCUACUUCAAACGCUGGGCCUAUAUUAUCGGCACCUUUGUGAUCUGCUGGGUCAUCUGCAUCACCUUCCUGUUCAUCUUCAUCUGCGUCCCCGUGCAGAAGCUCUGGUACCCGAGUCUCCCCGGCCACUGCAUCUCCCAGGUCGGCACCUGGAUCGCUAAUGCCACCUCGACCAUCGCCACCGACCUGGUGAUCCUCUUCCUCCCACUACCUCAAGUCUGGAAGCUGCAGCUCCGCCUGUCUGAAAAGGUGGCCUUGACCAUCGCAUUUGGCCUAGGGUUCUUCGUGGUCUUCGCCUCGGCCUACCGCUUCAGCGUCCUCUUCUCCUACACCGCCGCCGACAGCUCCUACACCCUGGCCCCGACCGUCGGCUGGACCGCGAUCGAGAUGUCGGCCGGCAUCGUCUCCGCCUGCCUGCCGACCAUCCGGCCCGCGCUGCAACUCGCCGCCCGCACGAUGGGCAUCCAAGCCGUCAUGCCCGCCAUCUUCCGCAGCACCGGCCACUCCGCCAACCACCUCUCCUCCAAAUCCGAGGCCACCCAGCUGGGCAGUCGCUUCGCCGCGGGCGAUAUCCCACUUUCCACGGGUGGCGGCGGCGGCGGCGGCGGCGUCGAUGGGGGCACGUCCUCCUCCCGCCCCGUCGUCCGCCAUUCGUUCUACCAUCUCCCCGACGAGGGCGAGUUGUCCGAGAUCGACAGCGUUCCGUUGAAGAUGGAGGUGUCGCUGCGGCCGAAGCAUGAUCGGGGCCAGACGGUCACCAAGAUCCGCGGGCGGACGAGCGUGGCGUCCGGGGAGGACGAUCUCUUGCCGUUGCAUGGGAUCCGCGUGCAGAAGGACUUUAGGCAGGAUGGGUAGGUUGUUUUCGUUUGUUUUUCUUCAUUUUGUGUCAAGUGUUUCUAUAGCG